AUGGUCGUGCCGUCGGCGGCGAGCCGGGAGAUGGCGCCGGAGUCGCUCCCGCUCGGCAUUAUCCCGACGGUGGACAUGUCGGCGCCGUCCGGGCGCGGCGAGCUGGCGCGCCGGCUGGUGCGCGCGUGCGCGGAGCGCGGCUUCUUCAAGGCCGUCAACCACGGCGUGCCGGCGCGCGCGGCCGCGCGGCUGGACGCCGCGGCGUCGGCGUUCUUCGCGCGCCCCGCGCAGGCGAAGCAGGCGGCCGGCCCGCCGGACCCGCUGGGGUACGGCAGCCGGAACAUCGGGGCAAACGGCGACGUCGGCGAGCUCGAGUACCUGAUCCUGCACGCGGAUCCCGCCGCGGUGGCGCGCAAGGCCAGGGUCAUCGACGCCGAGGAUCCGUCGCGGUUCAGCAUAGCAGUGAACGAGUACGUGGACGCGGUGCGGCGGCUCGCGUGCCGGGUGCUGGACCUGCUCGGCGAGGGACUGGGCCUCAGGGACCCGACGUCCUUCAGCCGGCUAAUCUCGGCCGUCGACAGCGACUCCCUCCUCCGGAUCAACCACUACCCUACUUCCGCCGCCGCCCUGCGGGGCCCUGGUGACCGGAGCUGCACGGCUGAGGAUGCCAAGUCCUGCAACAGCAACGGCGGCGCGAAGGGCACCAUCGGGUUCGGCGAGCACACCGACCCGCAGAUCCUCAGCGUGCUCCGCGCCAACGACGUCGACGGACUGCAGGUGCUCCUGCCCGACGGCCGCGGCGGCGGCGGCGACGAAUGGGUCCAGGUGCCGGCUGACCCCGCCGCGUUCUUCAUCAACGUCGGUGAUCUCCUUCAGGCUCUGACGAACGGGCGCCUGGUGAGCAUCCGGCACAGGGUGAUGGCCAGCACCAGCAGGCCGCGGCUGUCCACCAUCUACUUCGCCGCGCCGCCGCUGCACGCGCGGAUCUCCGCGCUCCCGGAGACGGUGUCCGCCGGCACGCCUCGGCGGUACAGGCCCUUCACCUGGGCGAAGUACAAGAAGGCCAUGUACGCGCACCGGCUCAGCCACAACCGCCUUGACCUCUUCCACGCCUCCGGCGACGACGAUGCCGCUGAUGACGAACACAGCUGA